AUGUGCAUCAUACAAACGUUUUAUCACCUGUUUGCACUGAAGGCUUUCUGUGACGUCACGACUGAUGGAGGAGGAUUCAUACUGGUUGCAAAAAAAGAUGACCCUGUUACCUGGACUGUUCCAUCUUCAAACGAAACUGUCGAUCCUCAUGGAAAACCUCACUGGUCAAGUAUUUUUGGAAAAGUAAAGAUGUUAGAUAUACGUUUUCAAAUAUCUACAACAUCAAAGUUUGAAAAUACAAAGGCACACUGGUGAGGUUUGAUUAAAUGACGGUUUAUUAACUGUAUUACUUAAAUGGUGUAUACACAAAAUGCAUAUUGAACGAGAUAAUAAACAGUUAAUGGAUAAACUUUUUUUGCGAUAUGCAAAAUUAUGAUCAAGGUUGAGGUAAGUCUUAUCAGUCGAGCCGAAGACGAGAUUGAUAGCACUUAUACCGAGAUCACAAAAUCCAAAUUCAAUAACUGUUUCGACAAACGAUGAUUUGUCGCACAAAACAACGUUUUGGUUCUCAAAAGAAACAAUGAAAACGAUUUGAAAUAUCACAAUUAUAACAGUCACAAUUAUAAUCACAAUUAUAACAAUUUACCUACUAAAGUUCCGAUAAAAAUGUCAGAAAGUCUAUUUUUUGGACAAAAAGCAUUCACAAAAACGCCGUUCGUUCAUUUUGUUUGUUCUUGUUUUAUUCGUGUAUCUACAAUUGCAGUUUGUUAUAAAAUUACAUUCCGCAGGCCCACUCUACACAUGGUUCAGUUAGUAGAUACAGUAACUGAGUUAUGUGUAGGUUGCGUGAUUUCCGUAUUAUAUUUAGCUGUAAGAUAUUAGCCAAUCAGACGACACGUAGUGAUUAAAAUAUUCAAUAAUAAUAAUUAUUAUAACAAUAGACAUCAUGCAUAACGUCACAAGACUUGAUGUGCACUGAGAAUUCUAGUCGUAGUAGUCACUGGGGUAAAAUUCAACUGACAAUCCAAUGUGGCUACUGUUUUUCCUUGCUUGGGAAGUCGAAGUGUAAAAACUUAUUCGGGUAGAUACGACGAAAAACCACCCUGCAUGCUGAGACUAAAAAGUCCACUGGACCGUCAAGUCGCAAAAAUUCUUAAAGUUAAAUUUGUUGUUAAAGUGUAUGAUUGGAAGGCGAAUGAAGUUUAGCGUUAUCACUUAUGUUUUUGCCGUUCUGAAUAUACAAUAUAUUGUUUUUAUCAACUAUUAAAGGAGCUUCAGAUUGACAAGUAAACGUCCUUUUGGAGAACUUCUUGUACGCAAUUUUGGAGGCUGUACCAGAGAUAAUCCUGGCAUCGGUGAUAUUGCAUUUGUUAAGGAUCUUCAGACUGGAAAAGUUGUAAACAAGAACUUUCGAUGUUCAGUAUUCAGUGGGCAUGUUUCAUCAUUAAUUGGAUGGGUACGUUUUUAUCAGCAGAUGAUUUGUCAGUCGUAAGCGAAAUAUUAGGAGUGUACUAAGUGCAAAAUACCUCACUCCAAUUAUAGACACCAUUCACGAAAAAACAUUAACUGUGCUGGCAUGUUAAUACUGAGAAUUACUGUAAUAUUUCUAUUUAGGGGAAAAUGAACAAAUGCCUUCAACAGCCUUGCUCUCUUGGGUUUGCGUAUUUUCCUGGAUUGAAAAACUUAAGAUUAGAAGAUUCAGGCUCAUAUAGGUAACGAAUAUCUAUUAAAUAAUUUAUGUACAUUCUGUGAAUCAGAAUAUUGAAAUCAAUUCGGAGCCUGGGGAUGGAUUUCAUGCUGCAAAAACGUCGAGCAUAACAUUUGCCAGCUCUUUGUGCCAAAUGCAGCUUCCCAUGCCCAUAUAGGUCGCCUGGAAACAUUGUAUAUAAUGAUCAUGGUAUAUAACAUCAACCAUAUGAUUAUAAAAUUAUUAAGCUGAAUUAAAUAGAAUGUGAAUUUUCACUACUAAAAUUCAGAAGCACCAAAUACAGUUUGUACAGUAGAGUCGAGAAUAUAGACUUCAUGAAUGUGCUCAUUCAAUAAUGUAGUAUGCAUAUGUAAAAUCUUUCCUAGUUCAGUACUUCCUGGAUAGACCCAGGUUGAUUUUAUGCCUGCCCGGAAAAAUGUAGGCGAUAUGGUUCCAGUCUGAUCAAUAAUAACUUUUUGCAUAUACAUAGUGAACUGGAAAGGACCAGGAAAAUAUUGUACUUGCAAAAUAGUAUAUUUUAAACAUGUUCUGUUUAUUCAACAGUUACAGUGCACACGGAAAUUCAACAAACUCUGGAAUUUUACAUAGCAGUAGUGCUUUUGUUGGCUGCUCCCAUAAAAAGGUAAAUAAUCCCCUACUUUCCUCCUUGUCCUCACCUCCAUUCUUGCUUCCUUUGCAUGUGUAUAUAUAUUUACUGUUUCCUAGCAAGAAAGUACUGUCGUGUGUUUUAGUGUUGUGCAUGUUAUGGACCCAAAGGAGGAAACAAGAACUAUUGCUUAACAAACUGCACAUCAAUCAACGGAGGAAUAGUGAAGAAAAAAGUCCAUGUAUGGAUAUGGAUUCGUUCGUCCAUUCCCACACGAGCCUGGAGAAAAUGUGUCGAGUACAUUGUCACAGACAAGAACGGGAAGAAAGAAACAUACAGCGUAGACGAGGAGACAGGAAUACGAAGAGAGGUACGUGAAUAAUUUGUACCAAACACGUUAUAGGCAGAACCAACUGCAAUUAUUAGAUAAAAUAGUUGUGUGGGUAUCUUGGCAUAAAGCAUUCAAAUCAAAAUUCUGAUGCAUGGGUAAACAUAAUUGAAACGUUGGAAUCACAUUUUGGCAACCGUAGCAGUUUUCGGAACUGUAGAAAACAUUAUCCGUGUUUGUAUACAGUUAUAGAAACACGCGUGGGUGUUUAGGAGAGCGAGAUAUAUUCAGUGGGAAAAUGAGCUAAAUGCGAAAUUUCCAGGUUAUUUCGAGUUCUCAAACCAGCACAAGUGUUUGUAUAACUGUAUACAAACACAGGAAUUGCUUUUUAUAAUUAAUUUGUAGUAUAACGCAAGAAUAAAUUGCUAUAAAAUAGGUUACGUUAUAUUCUCUAUGUGAGCUGAAAAUUCCCUUUUGGGCUGUUUUCACACAAUUUCAUUCUCAAAACUAGUAGUAUCACAUUACUAUAUAGAUCACCGCAAUAUCACAGCGCGUGUUUAAAUUGUUUUGUUUCGUUUUAAAUUAAAAUCAAAGGUGCGACAGGGGAAGUUUUCUGUGUUAUUUCCAUACAGUUAUAGAAACACGUUGCUCGACUGGUCAACGCUCGCGUGCUAUACUGUAAAUGUUAUUAAUAUUAAUAAUAUACAGUCAGUGGCGUAGCGGAGGAAGCCCUUAGGCAUAUUUGGUGGGGGCCCCUGUUGACUGUUGUUAUUGUUUGACUGAGAUAUUAAAUUUAUAUUGAAAUUUACAUUGAAUGUUCUGGAAAAUCCCGUGUAUAUAACAAUAACAGUCUCCAACACAUGUAACAAUUAAUGAGAAUAACUUUUGUUUUAUUUUUGAUAUGGGAUAAAAAAUCAGCUGCCGUUGUCGAUGGAGGCUUUAAUAUUUAGCAUGAAUUUUGCAUUUUCUCAUUGAUUCUUAACCUGCAUUUUUUACGUUCUCUAAUUUUCUGUACGAUAGGCCGUGACUAAUGGGGGCCCUAACUGUCGGGGGCCAUUAGUUUUUUAGUAACCCUACCCAAUGAGCGUUACGCCAAUGAUAAUAUACCUGAAAAAAUUUCUCAAUUCUAAUUGGCUAAGAGCAGUGCAAUUUUUUCGAAAUACAGUGCCAAAAAGUGAAAUACAGUGCGAAACAUGAAAUACAGUGCAAAAAGUGAAAUACAGUGCAAAAAAUGAAAAUAAUAAAAAAAACCCAAACAUUACGAGUGACAAAAUUUUCUAAUAAAAUUAUUUAUAUUAAAACGAUCUAUUUCGCAUGUGACCUACGCACGCGCGCGCAUGCGACUGUAUAAUAUUUUCAUGUAUAUUAUUAAUAAGUAAUAGUACCGUUUCUCGUCCUUCCUACUCGUGCAAUUUUGAUCGUCUUUAAAAAACUCACUCGUGCAUGUUUUUCCCAAAUUGCACUCGAAACCAUACUAUUACAGUACGUAUACAAAUUAUAUUAUUAUUUAUCAAAAUGUAUGGGCCUCGACCAAACAGACUCCUUAACAUCCACGUGGCACUGGUGUGACGUUUGACAGAUGAAGCCAUUAAUAAUUUCAUUUUCUAAUGAAUAUAGGGUAGUUGUGCUUACUCGGAUGAAAUAAAGAAGAAUGGUGCGGUAAGAUUAAGUACAAUUUGCAACACGAGCAUUCAAGAGUGUUUUGAAUGAUUUAAUUUAAAAUAAAAGGCACAUCUAAGAAUUUUAAAGUGAGAGUACUUUAAAUAUCCGUAACGAACCUUUAUUGUAUUUUUUACUUGGACUAUAAGAGAAUCCUGUCAAUAGACCCAGUUUUUCAGAAUAUUAUAUUAUCUUAUUCGUGCAGGUCUUGGUAGUUCCAAAUGAAGAUGCCGUGAAGAAAAUUCCCUCUGCUCCUGGUCUCUUACUCUACCGUCCAGAUAAAGAAAUACUUUCAGUUCGAGGGGCGAAAGAUUGGAAGAAAAUUGCCAUGCACAACGAGGUAAACCAGUACGUGCACCACACUACUGUGAUAUAUUGCGGCGCAUUCAUGAUCAAUGCAUGGCGUCAAUUACCUCAUUUCAAAAUGCAACAGAAAGUAAAAGGAGAAUUCAAUUUAAACUGGCCUAUCUUAAUUUGUACGGAAUGAACGAAAGAAUGUAUAUACUUUACGAGGAAGUGCGUUCAAUCUCUUAUCUCAUACCUAACGUAUUAGCGGCUUUCCUACUGGCUACGAGGAGGUGCGUUCAAUCUCUUAUCCCAUACCUGUGUUAAAAGCGGCUUUCUGAUUGGUUUAGAGCAGGUGAGUUUGUCGUCGAGCUCACCUGCUUUUUGCCGAACUCACCUGCUCUUCGCCGAACUCACCUGCUUUUCGCCCGAACUCGUCCGCUAAACUGCUUACGUUGCAAUAACAAUAACAAAUAUGGCGGACAAGAUUUAGCCGAUAAACCUAAACUUUAAAGAACUUUUUUCGGUGACUAACAUACUGAGACUGAAGAAAAACCAAAGAAAAAAUGCAGUAAAGGUAAUGUAGACGUAGAUAAAGAAGUAUUUUCUUGCCCAGUGAUUUUUUUUGCCGGGAAAAUGUUCACACAACAUCGACGAAUAUAUCGCGAAGAGCUACAAAUGUGUGUAUGGCUCGGUGUAUGGGAUAAAAACCAAACGUACUUGCAGGUUCGGUGAGUCCGGGAUUGGACGCACCUCGGGUGGCUGGAAGUUUCCCAAACUCACCUCGCUUCGCUCGGUAAGUUUGGGAAACUUCCAGCCACCCUCGGUGCGUCCAAUCCCGGACUCACCUCCCUGCAAGUACGUUUGUUAUAAAACCCACUUUAUGUUUGGAGGGGUGUUCGAGAUCGACGUUUUCAGCGGAAAGCCAUUAUGAUGCGAUGUGAACAAAUUUCAGACGAAGAUUUAAAUAAAAAAUAAAUUGAAAAUAUGACUAAAAUAUUGUGUAAAAUAGACUUUACAUAUACAUUGUGUAGAUUAUUAUUAUUUUUUUAUUAAAAACAUCUUUAAACACGGUGACUAAUCAACCAGUAUUAAAAUAUUUACAAAUCGAAAGGUUGCUUUUCAUUAGGCCGUGAUGAACACAAACUACAACGCCCCCUCCUUCCCCCAGUGAACCCCUCCCAAAGAGUGUAAAAGAUACAGUUACUAUUUAUUUAACUGACUACCCCUCCUCCCCCCAGUGAAGCCCUCCCAAAAAGUGUAAAAAAUACAGUUACUACUAAGUUAACUGACACUUUGGUUCCAGACUUUAGCAGCAGCAUAUCUGAAUGUUCUACACAAAAAUAAAUUAAAUAAUGGUUAAUUGCGGCAACUGAAUUGCAUCUAAACGGCACAUUUGGCACAUUUAAUAUCCACUGAAAUAUUAACCAAAUUCUAAUUAUUGGGUUAACAAUUUUCUGAUUCUGCUGAUAGAUUGAUAGAUUAUGAUGUAUUUGAUCAAGUUUAUAUCAACUAGUAAUGGUGAUAAUAAGUAUUGACGAAAGAAGGGAAUCCAUUUAUCAUUAUAGCUUUAAUUAUUAAUAAGAGGCGGCGCAGCCCAUUGAGAUACCAGGGAAUUAUCAGUGGGGCCGCAGUGUUUAGCUACGAAUGGAGUCUUAAAAGCUUAUAUUAUUUAGUUUAAGGUUGGUGUACACGUCGAAAAUAUAAUAGUUGUUCAAACCAAAGUGGAUAAAAAUGCCGUUUAUGAGUUAAAAUGAAAAAUACUCUCUAUAUACUGCCAUGACACGCUAGGACAAAAUGUCUACAUUCAAUUCUUGAUUCCAAACCAUAAUUUUUACACCGGCAUUUUACAUGUAGGUUAAAUAUCAACAACAAUUGCUGAAUCAGCAGGAGAACAGAACUGAAGAGAAAUUGGAGAAACAGAAAGAGUCUUUGGAAAAAAAAAUUAUCAUUGCUCAAAUUGAACUUGAGAAGAAACUUAAAAACGAACAGCUACAACAAGAGAAACUGGAAAAGCAGCUGAAUGGCUCUAUAAUUCAACGAAAGGCUCUCGAGAAAGAACUUGAAAAACUGGAAAAACGUUUUAAUAACACGUUUGAGGGUGAGCAUAUUUCCCUUUUAAAAUCAGGUUAAAUCUUAUUUAUUGUUAUUAUUAUUAUUAUGAAAAUUUUUAAUAGGAAACUCUCUCACGUAAAGUGAUUUUCAGAGAGGUCCUGCAAAACGUACAUGUAUAUUGUACUAAGAUUUGUAAAAUGUUGACCCAUGAAAAUUACAUGUUCAGAUAAUUUUUCAGUCGAAUAGAAACAUAUAUCCAAACCCCCUUAAUUAAGCCCUCCCCUCUAUGCUUUCGAUAAAUCAUUGUAAACAUGCAUGUUUAAUUUCGCCGUUCAACGGCUGGUUAUGCAUGCAUAGAAUGUGGUCACAAGACGGUGACAUCACUGAUAUUUGCGCAUCGCGUGCACGAUCUGGACAAGUGAAAUGCCGCUGAGUGAUCGUGUUCAAAUAAGCCCCAACAGGAGUGAGAUUUUCAUGAAGCUAAUAGACACAUACACACAGAGUGCUAAAGUUGAUUUAUAACCUAAAAAUCACAGGCAAAAAUCUUGAAAUGAAAUGAUUUGCCCAUGUAUUUUUCAUGUAUUGCAUUAGAAUUGCGUAGAAUUUCCAAUGCAGAGCGGUCAACAUUUUUUUGCAAUGUAUAUUAUGAUGGGGUAGUUUAUUGUCGUUUUGUGGUUAGCUAGCGGGUUCGCUGGACCUUAUCUCCGGUAAACACCUUUGAGUGUUUAAAGAAAUGCCGGAACGAGCGCUAGCUGCUUCAAGAACUGACUCUACUAUUUGUAAUCUGCAGACUUUAUGAUCAACUUUAUUUAAAAUUAUUUGGGUUUGUAAUGCUCUUGGUUGGAUAUCGCUUGACGAACGUAGGGCGCAAAUGAAAGCCAGGAUCGUGGACAAAACGGUCAAUCAAAUAGCCCAUCAAGGACUGUGUGACAUUUUUCAAAAUUUGAACUCACUAAAUGAUUAUAAUUUGAGGGAAUCUUCGACUAUAGGCUUUUUAUUCCAAGGCCUCGGACGGAAUUCCUAAAAAUAAGUUUCGGUUACAGUGCAUGGGGCUCAAAUAUGGAAUCAGAUACUUGGAAGAGAUAAGAACUUCGGUAUCCAGCUAAUUAUGAUUCGUUAGUGUCAAAUAAAGUUGAUCAUCAUACAUCAUCAGACUUUAUGCUCAUGCAACACGUUAUGCAGCACGCACAGUGGCGCGAGAGCAACUCGGCACGCCACGUCAUAUUGGAAGUUCCAUUCAUUCCCAUGGAAACGAAUGAUUACCAGCUGGUUUUUUUCAUACAGGGGCAUACCUCGGAUUAUUAGAAAUUUUUAUUCAUUUAUUAGACCUAACAAGAAGCAGCUGCGAUAAAUAUUGCUAAUUUAGGCCGUCUCAGGAAAGAAAUCUGCGGUUUAACAAAGUCCAGUUGUCUAACUUUAACUGCAAGUUAAUCUAUAUGUAUAUAUACUAAGAUGGUGUCCGUGUAAGGUAUGGGUAAAUAUCGCGAUUUAAUUGGGGCAUCUCAAUCGUUAUAGCAUUAAAUGUUGAAGGAUUUAUGUAGAUGUUUUUAGAAAUUGCGAGUAUAGAUUUUAUUAUACUUCACUUUAUUUUUUUAUUAUAACAACAAAUCUCGAAGAACAAGAUUGAUUUAUACAAUGCUUGAAUCACUCAGUAUAACAAUUUUAUAAUUAUUCAGAAACCUUACCUUUAAAGAGCUCAUAUUUCCAAUUAAAAUGUUUUUAAAUAUGUGUUGUGGCCAAGCGGGUGCUAUUAACUGGCGUUUCAAUUCAAAAGGGAACCUAGAAAACCAACAACGACGACGGAGACAAAUCAUUCAUUGUUUAGUCAGUUUUAUAGAUUCCCAAAUAUUGCGUGGGAAAACGAAUUACAUCUGCAAGCAACUGUCACUGUGCACGUGGGGGUUACUUUCGUGACUUUUUGGUCCUCUCUGUUUAAGUACGCGCUGUGUUCCUAAUUAAGUGGGUGCUAUAUAUUAACACGUGUUUCAAUUCAAAGGGAAACCUGGAAAACCAACACUGCAUACGCAGACGCACUAAUAUAUAUUGCCAAAAUAAUUUAUGUUUAGUCCUUUUCAUGGAUUCCAAAAUACUGCGUGGAAAGAGUAUUUACAUCAUCCAGCUGUCACAAUGGGUUCUUUCUGCGUCUUCUUGGCUAUGCUACCGCGCAACUCGAGAUGGCUGGAGUUCACACACCUUUCAUUCUAAGUGUGACAACAAAGGAGCAACUGUUACGAUUAUCCGUGUUGGUUCCUACAUUUUUGGCGGAUAUUCAGACGCAUCAUGGGGAGGUAAGACCGCAUUCACCAAAUGA